GCCCCAUUUAUUCCGCCUCCCAGCACACACGCCGGAACCAACCAGCUGGUGGUUGUCGCCGUUGCGCCUAGUCCUCCUUCCGUGUCAUCGCUGCCGCCAUGCCCGGAGGGCUCCUUCUCGGGGACAAGGCUCCCAACUUCGAGGCCAAUACUACCAUCGGCCGCAUCCGUUUCCACGACUAUCUGGGAGACUCAUGGGGCAUUCUCUUCUCCCACCCUCGGGACUUUACCCCAGUGUGUACCACGGAGCUUGGCAGAGCAGCAAAGCUGGCACCAGAAUUUGCCAAGAGGAACGUUAAGAUGAUUGCCCUUUCAAUAGACAGUGUUGAAGACCAUCUUGCCUGGAGCAAGGAUAUCAAUGCUUACAAUGGUGAUGAGCCCACAGAAAAGUUACCUUUUCCCAUCAUUGAUGAUAAGAAUCGGGACCUUGCCAUCCAGUUGGGCAUGCUGGACCCAGCAGAGAAGGACGAAAAGGGCAUGCCUGUAACAGCUCGUGUGGUAUUUGUUUUUGGUCCUGAUAAGAAGCUAAAACUGUCCAUCCUCUACCCGGCUACCACUGGCAGGAACUUUGAUGAGAUUCUCCGAGUAAUUAUCUCUCUGCAGCUGACAGCAGAAAAGAGGGUUGCCACCCCAGUUGAUUGGAAGAAUGGAGACAGCGUGAUGGUUCUUCCAACCAUCCCUGAAGAGGAAGCCAAAAAAAUUUUCCCUAAAGGAGUCUUCACCAAAGAGCUCCCAUCUGGCAAGAAAUACCUCCGCUACACCCCCCAGCCAUAGGCUGGCUCUCCACGGAGUUGGUGCUGGAGCUGCUCACUGAGCACCAUGAGCCAGAGGAUGCCAGCUGCCCAUCAUGUUUUCCUGCAGCAGUACCAUAAAAACAUCCUGGUGUGAUCACAGCCAAGGUCUUUAGGUUGCUAUACUACUGGCUUAUUAAAUGAAAAUGGCACUACAAA